AUGCUUCCCACGAGCAUUCGAUGCAACACUUGUGGCAAUUACAUCUACAAAGAGACCAAGUUCAAUUCGCGCAAAGAAAAUGUCAUUGUAGAGAAUAAGAAACGCAAAAGGGAUAUUGAGGAGAUGGGAGAUCUAAUGAAAUCUUUGGAGAAUAGAACCUUGGACUCAAAAAGAGGAAUGGACAUCCUUGCUGCACUGGACGAACUAAAGUCCAUGAAAUUAAGACACGCAGUUGUAAGUGUAGAUGCAAUGCUUGAGGUCCUGAACCAGGAGGAAAAGGAAAAGGAGUUGGAAGAAGAGGAUGAAAGUCUUAUUAUAUUUCGAGGAUCAAAAGUUGUCUGA